AUGCUGUGGCAGGUCGCCGUGCUGCUCAGCGUGGUCCUGGGAACUGGUGCUGCUCCCGAGGACGACCCCGAGGACGGAGGCAAGCACUGGGUGGUCAUCGUCGCAGGCUCCAACGGCUGGUAUAAUUACCGGCACCAGGCAGACGCGUGCCACGCCUACCAGAUCGUCCACCGCAAUGGGAUUCCCGACGAGCAGAUCGUGGUGAUGAUGUACGAUGACAUCGCCACCUCAGAAGAGAACCCCACUCCUGGAGUUGUGAUCAACAGGCCCAAUGGCACGGACGUGUACAAGGGGGUCCUGAAGGACUACACCGGGGAGGCUGUCACACCGCAGAAUUUCCUUGCUGUGCUGCGAGGUGACGAGGAGGCGGUGAAGGGCGUAGGAUCGGGAAAGGUCUUGAAGAGCGGCCCUCGGGAUCACGUGUUUGUGUACUUCACUGAUCACGGAGCUACGGGACUCCUGGCCUUUCCCAACGACGACCUUCAUGUAAAGGAACUGAAUGAGACCAUCCAGUACAUGUACAAACACAACAAGUACCAGAAGAUGGUGUUCUACAUCGAAGCCUGCGAGUCCGGGUCCAUGAUGAAGCACCUGCCCUCCGACAUCAACGUGUAUGCAACGACAGCCGCCAACCCGGAGGAGUCCUCCUACGCCUGUUACUACGACGAGCAGAGGUCCACGUACCUGGGGGACUGGUACAGCGUCAACUGGAUGGAGGACUCGGACAUGGAGGACUUGACCAAGGAGACGCUGCACAAGCAGUACCAGCUGGUGAAGACGCACACCAACACCAGCCACGUCAUGCAGUACGGGAACAAGUCCAUCUCCACCAUGAAGCUGAUGCAGUUUCAGGGCGUGAAACACAAGGCCAGCGCUCCCAUCUCCCUGCCUCCCGUCCGCCGCCUCGACCUCACCCCGAGCCCCGAGGUGCCACUCUCGAUCAUGAAGAGGAAGCUGAUGCUCACCAACGACCUGCAGGAGUCCCGGCGCCUGGUUGAGCAGAUCCACAGGCACCUGGAGAGCAGGCACAUCAUGGAGAAGUCGGUGCGGAAGAUCGUCUCCCUGCUCACGCGGUCCGAUGACGAGACCGAGAGGCUCCUGUCCGAGAGGGCCCCGCUCACGGCGCACGACUGCUACCAGGCCGCCGUGUCCCACUUCCGCACACACUGCUUCAACUGGCACACCCCCACGUACGAGUACGCCCUGAGACAUCUGUACGUGCUGGCCAACCUCUGUGAGAAGCCCUACCCGAUCGACAGAAUAAAGACGUCCAUGGACAAGGUGUGCCUUGGUUACUACUGA